GUUGAAGAAUAUAAGAAAGAUCCUGCUAUGUCUUCAACUACAAGUGUUAAUGAAGACAUCCUCACAAAAGUCCUUGGUCUUGAAAAAAAUACAUACAUGAGAGCUUUUGGAAGAGGAGUUACUCGGUCAAAGUUGCAAAUUGUGUCAGAAAGAGAUGACCAUCUGAUGAAGAUAGAAGGUCAAUGCAAAGAUUUGAAAGACAAAAUGCAACACAUGGAGCAACUCAUUGUUUCUUUAAUGAAAAAUCAAAAUACAUCCACUCAGAGUGAGGAGCAAUCAAAUGUCAAUGUUCAAUCAAAUUCUCAUGUUCAUUCCACUCAGAUUUUAUACAAAACUUGA